UACAGCUUGCGUGCAUGUGCCGAAGCUGUUUCUUUUGCAGAAAACACCCAAGACAUAAGCGGGGGGUCAAUGUACCCGUCGAGACGACUUUCCGUGAGCCUACUGGGUCCUCUCCUCCAGGCUGAGGUUUUAAUAUGUGAGUUCGGUUGAGGUUGAGGGUUCCCACAGCUGUCUGAAGGGAAUAACGUCAGCACUCAGAGGUGACCAGCUCUGGCUUUACACACGGCCAUGUGAGGAGGGACUAUGGAAGGCCAAAAUGAAAAAAGCUGUCCAAUCCAGAGGAACAAUGGAGACAGAGGGAAUCAUGCAAAUAUCGACUUAUCUGAUCCAGUGUUAAUGGAUUCAACAACUGUGACGUGGUGCACAGCUGCAGAGGUGAAACAGUCACAUGCGUAAAGCUGAAUGAGGAAAUGAGAGGCGCACAUUCUUUGGAUCACGUUGCUGAUAAAGAGUAGGCUUCCAUCGAUCUGUGCAUGUGACACAGGACUGACUGAGUCAAAUGACAGCACUGGAUGGAGUGACCAUGGGCGCAGCUAUGUAAGAGGACGUCUGUCCAGUGUGCAGGUCCUGACAAUCAACACUGCUGUUAUUCAUGCCACAUAAUGUGGGCUCUCAGGGGAAAAGGGUGGCUACUCAGCAGAGGAGAAACAAGCAGAUGAUGUAUACAGUAUACCUGAUGGUUAUCUCAGCAUCUAGUCUACUCCUGUAGGACAACAAACAGCAUUCCAGUUUUUAGUUAAAAGAGGAGGCAGGGAGCAGAAGCUCUGAGUGGUCACCAUGCCUCGCAACCGAGCCUUUUCCGAGCCAGAGUACUCAGCGGAGUAUUCGGCGGACUGCUCAGUGACACUGCCCUCUGACCCUGGGCAGGCGGUUGGGCGAACACAUGAGGUCACAGUUCGGAGCUCGGGAUGCUGCCUCUGCCUGCCGCGGUUCAUGCGCCUCACCUUUGCACCCGAGUCUUUGGAGAAUCUCUACCAGACCUACUUCAGACGGCAGAGACAUGAAACCCUGCUGGUGCUGGUCGUGUUCGCAGCCCUCUUUGACAGCUACAUCAUUGUCAUGUGUGCGGUGGUCUACACCAGUGACAAGCUGGCUUCUGUUUUAGUGGCAUCAGUGGGAUUGGCAGCAGAUAUUAUCCUCUACCUGCUGUGCCGUUUCGGGCUGUUGCCAGACCGCGUCUCGAGACGGGUGGUGCCUUACGCCUUGUGGGUGCUAAUAGCAGCUCAGAUAUUCUGCUACCUGGGUCUGAACUAUGCUCGCUUCCACCAGGCUAGCGACACGGUUGGCUGGCAGGCUUUCUUCAGCUUCUCCUUUUUCCUGACUUUGCCUUUGAGACUGACGCCCAUCGUGCUCAUCACUGCUGUGUCCUGUGGGGUCCACACCCUUGUUCUGGGUGUCACCAUCGCCCAGCAACAGCAGGAAGACAUUCAAGGGGCAGCACUUGGCAGACAGCUUCUUGCCAACAUAGUGAUCUAUGUUUGUGCCAUUACUGUGGGUGUCAUGUCGUACUACAUGGCUGACCGCAAGCAUCGAAAGGCCUUUCUGGAGGCAAGACAGUCACUGGAAGUCAAACUCAACCUGGAGGAGCAGAGCCAGCAACAGGAACGGCUGCUACUCUCCAUUCUUCCAAAGCACAUAGCUGAUGAGAUGCUUCAGGACAUGAAGAAAGAGCCAAGCCAGAAAGAGAUGCAGCAGUUCAACACCAUGUACAUGUACAGACACGAAAACGUCAGUAUUUUGUUUGCAGACAUCGUGGGCUUCACACAGCUGUCAUCGUCCUGUAGUGCUCAGGAGCUGGUCAAGCUGCUCAAUGAGCUCUUUGCUCGCUUCGACAAACUUGCUGCAAAAUAUCACCAGCUGAGGAUCAAGAUCCUGGGGGACUGCUAUUACUGUAUCUGUGGGCUGCCGGACUACAGGGAGGACCACGCUGCGUGCUCCAUCAUGAUGGGUCUGGCCAUGGUGGAGGCCAUCUCGUAUGUCCGAGAGAAAACCCAAACCGAUGUUGACAUGCGGGUUGGAGUGCACAGUGGUACAGUCCUAGGUGGAGUGCUGGGUCAGAAGCGUUGGCAGUACGAUGUCUGGUCCACAGAUGUCACUGUGGCCAACAAAAUGGAGGCUGGAGGGAUACCAGGUCGUGUCCACAUCUCACAGAGCACCAUGGAGUGCCUUCAUGGUGAGUUUGAUGUGGAGCCAGGGAACGGAGGUGACCGCUGCGACUACCUGCGGGAGAGGGGCAUCGAGACAUACCUGGUGGUUGUUCCUAAAGGACCUGUGGGGAAGAAUGGCAUCAAUGGUGUUAAGCUGUCUGUCACCUCUUCCAAUGGAAACUCCCCGCUGUUGAUCAAUACCUCAGAGUGUAACGGCAGUGUUAACACAGCCUGCACCACACCAGAGGAACCAGAAGAGCUGGACACCAGGGUGGUGAAUCCAUCUUUUCCUAACCCUCGGAGAAGACUGCGGCUGCGGGACCUGGCUGAAAGGGUGAUCGAUGCUCAGGAGAAUGAACAGGAGCUCAACAAACUGCUCAAUGAGGCUCUGCUGGAGAGAGAAACUGUUCAGGCUCUGAAGGGGAAACACACCAACAGACUUUCCCUGAGGUUUGUGGAUCCAGACCUGGAGACUCGGUACUCUGUGGAGAAGGAGAAACAGAGCGGAGCUGCUUUUUGCUGCUCCUGUGUGGUCCUGCUCUUCACUGCAGCUAUGGAGGCACUCAUAGACCCCUGGCUGAUUGCAAACUACAUCACCUUUGCAGUGGGAGAGGUCCUGCUUCUCAUCCUGACAAUCUGUUCUUUGGCCGCCAUCUUCCCCAGAGUCUUUCCCAAGAAGUUGGUGUCUUUCUCCACCUGGAUUGACCACACCCGCUGGGCUCGUAACACCUGGGCCAUGGCAGCCAUCUUCAUCCUCACCAUGGCUGACAUCAUGGACAUGCUGAGUUGUCUGCCUCCAAUCUCGGACUCAGGCAGCACCACAGUGGCUCCCUCAUCCCCUUCCUCUUUCUCCUCCUCUUCAUCCUCCUGGUCUGGCCCUGAUGGUUGCCUGGAGAACCCCAAAUAUUACAGCUACAUCGCUGUGCUGGCGUUGAUGGCCACCACAAUGCUGGUUCAAGUCAGUCACAUGGUCAAGCUCACACUGAUGCUGCUCAUCACAGUGGCCACUGGCAUUGUUAACAUCUACAGCUGGAGGGACAUCUUCGACCGCUAUGACAUGGCCCGCUUCCAGGACUACAGGUCAUACUUGGUGCCCUCUAAGUUCACAAUGACAAUUAUGAUCUUCAUUAUGAUGGUCAGCUUCUAUUAUUUCUCCCGACAUGUGGAGAAGCUCGCCCGCACCCUGUUCCUGUGGAAGAUUGAGGUCCAUGAGCAGAAGGAGAAAGUGUAUGAGAUGAGGCGCUGGAAUGAAGCACUGGUGACCAACAUGCUGCCCGAACACGUUGCUCGACACUUCCUGGGCUCCAAGAAAAGGGAUGAGGAGUUGUACAGCCAGUCCUACGAUGAGAUUGGAGUCAUGUUUGCCUCAAUUCCCAACUUCUCAGACUUCUACACAGAGGAGAGCAUCAAUAAUGGUGGGAUUGAAUGCUUACGGUUCCUCAAUGAGAUCAUCUCAGACUUUGACAGUCUUCUAGAUGAGCCUCAGUUCCGCUGCAUCACAAAAAUCAAGACCAUCGGCAGCACCUACAUGGCAGCAUCAGGUGUAACCCCAGACAUCAGCAACGGCUACACCUUCAUGAAGAAGGAGGAGCAGUCUGACAGAGAGCGCUGGCAGCACCUGGCAGACCUGGCAGACUUUGCUCUGGCCAUGAAGGUCACACUCAUGAACAUCAACUACCAGUCAUUCAACAACUUCAUGCUACGCAUCGGUCUGAAUAAGGGUGGAGUGUUAGCAGGAGUAAUUGGUGCCCGAAAACCCCACUAUGAUAUCUGGGGCAACACUGUGAACGUGGCCAGUCGCAUGGAGUCCACAGGGGUUAUGGGAAACAUCCAGGUGGUGGAGGACUGCUACAACAUCCUGAAGGAGUACGGCUUCCGUUUUGUGAGAAGGGGUCCCAUCUUCGUGAAGGGGAAAGGGGAACUGCUCACUUAUUUUCUAAAGGGAAGAGACAAACAAGGUUCAUUUAUCAACGGCUCCUCUGUCACUCUGCCACACCAGGUGGUGGACAGCUAAGAACCACACACACUCCCCAGCAAUCACAUCUAGUGUGUGAUGAUUGCAGGGUGAGGCAGAAGAGAGUUUUUGGAGAAGUCAUUUACCUGAAAACACACUGAAACCAGGACUUAACUGAAUGUUUACAAGUAAAAAUAAAAUAACCACUGACACACUUCAUACAUACCACUUGUUAGUGAACACACACACAAUUCCGGUGUUUGUGGAAAGAUUUAUGUGCCUGUAGAGAUUGUAUUUCAAUUUGAAUGCCAUGUUUAAGUUCAGCCACAAAACUCAAAGCACAAAGAACUGGAUCAGUUAAAAGGAAAAGAUAAGAAGCCAAGUGCUUCACAAUAAAAGGCCAGAACAGCAGACAACUAAAUACAGACAUUACAAAUAAAUGUUAUGCGACUACAUAAGAAAUCUAUGAGUAUGAAGUAAACUGGUGGUGUUUCAAAUGUUAACAGGUUCUCCUGUGACAAUACCAAUGUGAUGUGUAACAUCUUCCCCAACAUUCUCUACCACACUGACAGUACAGUCACCUAUGAAUGGAAACAGCCUCCAUGCUGACUAAUGCUGCAGAUCUCUCAGUUUCAGACACACACACUCUGUUUUAAAUGAUAAAUCUGUUUCACCAGCUACCCAAAGGCAUAGUUUGGAUUUUUUGAAGUGGGGUUGUAUGGGGUACUUAUCUAUCGACAGUACAUUACCUACAGUAUAUGUCAGUCAGCACGCCCCCAGUUUGGAGAAGCAGGCUGGAGUCUGACAUGGAAGUUAAGCAGUCUACUGCUGUGGAGGGGUCAGCAACAAAAUGUAUUUCAACCACCUAAAAAAACGUCCCACCUAAAAAAAUCAAUAUCACUUUAGGUGUAUGCUACAAGAGUAUUUUCACCGCUUUACAUUUCCGUCAGACAGCUCAUUCAGACAGAGAAGCCUUUAAUGGCUUCCGUUUCCCAUCUAUGCUCUCGUGAAAGGCACCAGACUCUAUUAAAGCAUUGAAAAUACUCUCAAUGUUACAUACACUUAAAGGAAUACUCUGACGAUUUGGGAGUUAUGCCCUUUCUCUGUCAUUUUCAUAUUGAGACAACAUGAUCGAUAUCUUUUUUGUGUCUGUACGUCCAGUGGCUGGGUCUCAGCGGUUAGCAUUGCGGCUUAGCUUAGCGAAUACAAUUGAAGUCUAUAGGGGGUCAGUAGCCUACUCGGUAAAAGUGAACA